AUGGCUGGAUUCGAGGACUUUUGCGCGUCGCUCGGGCUCUCCGUGGGAAUCGGAAAGUUCCUCGUGUGCUAUCUGAUCAGCAUCCCCUGCUGCUUCCUUCAGCGCCUCCUCCCAGCCGGCACCGUCCGCCAUAUCUGGGCCACGCUCUCGGGUCUCGUGCUGACGUACAUUGCGUUCGGAUAUGAGUCGCUGGGGCAUUGCGUGGUGGCGUGCGUGGUGGCGUACGGAUCCAUGCUCGUGUACCGAAAGAAAUGCGGAGUGAUCACCUUCUUUACCACCUUCAUCUACCUCAUCGGCUGCUCAUUUCCUGUCCGAAUUCCUGCCUCCAUUCCCCGCAUUGCCGUGCGAGCAGGCGCGAUGAUGAUCCUGGUGCUCAAGGUCACGUCCGUCGCCUACGACUACCAGGACGGCGGCAAGCCGCGCAAGCCGGACGACGCCAAGACGGCGGCGAUCAGCGACGCGCCGAAGCCGAUCGCGGCGAUGCCGAGUCUGCUGCAGUUCCUGGGCUACACCUUCUGCUGCGGGCUGCACUUCGCCGGUCCCUUUUACGACUUCUCCGCCUACAACGACUGGAUCGACCGCAAGGGGGUCAGUGCUGUGCUCUUCCCGUUCCAAAACCCGCAGCCCUUCUCCGCCUCCUCCCCCAUCUCCCCUCUCUCCUUCCCCCUCCGCCAGAUCUGGGCGCCUGGCACGCGCACGGCGCCCGCGCUGGUGCCGUUCCUGCGCGCGUUCGUGCAGGGUAUCGUGGCGGCCGUGAUCCAGCUCAAGCUCGCGUCCAUCCUCGAUAUAGACAUCCUCAAGACGCCCAAGGUGUACUUCGCCAUGCCGUACUGGCGGCGGUUCCUGUUCAUCUACCACGCGUGCGAGGUCACCCGCUGGAAAUACUACUUCAUCUGGUCCAUUUCCGAAUCCGCCAUGAUCGCCGCUGGGUUGGGCUUCAGCGGGUGGGUGCGCAAGAUGGGCAAGGGGGACGAGGGGGGGAAGCAGAACGGAGGAAAGGUGGAGGGGGAGGGGAAGGAGAAGCACGUGGGCGGGAGCUUCACGGAGGUGGCGUCGUGGAAGCGCGCGCAGAACUGCCACAUUCUGGGCGUGGAGCUCGCCACCAGCACGGCCACGCUCGCCACCAACUGGAACAUCUCCGUCGGCCUCUGGCUGCGCACCUGUGAGUCAAACGAGGCCUCAGGCUGCGCAGCUGUCAGUCCGCCCGCCCGCGUGCUUGAACUGCUACUGCCUGCGUACUUAUAUUCCCCUUGCCCGUUGCCUGGGCGUGACCUAUUUCUCUCUUUCCUCGUCCUCGCCCAUUGCCUGUCUUGGCCCAAUCCCCCUCUUAUCCUCUCCCCUCCUUCCUCUUCCCCUUGUCUCCCCACUCCCCCCCCACUUCCCCCACCCCCCCCCCACUCCCGAACCUCCCCCCCCUCGCCCCCCCGCUUCACCUUUUCCUCGCUGGCCUGCGCGCGCAGAUGUGGUCUGUACCCCGGCUACCUGCUCUUCUUCGUUGGCGUGGCUCUUGAGAUCGCCGGCUCACGAGUGAUCUACAAGUAUGAGCGUGCCAUCCCCCCCCAAGCGACUUUCCUGAAGGGGUUGGCCACCGUGCUGCAUGCCAUUUACGCGUGCUUCUGCAACAACUACGUCGCCAUUGGCUUCAUUGUGCUGACAGCGCAGGAGACCAUCACAGCGUACAAGGGGCUGCUCUAUCUGGGCAACAUUGUGCCGCUUGCCAUUGUCAUCCUCGGUAACUUCCUCCCCUCGCCGCGGCCCUCUCGCCGCGCCAAGACUGAGUAG